AACCUACCUACAAUGGAAGCCUAUCAAACAGAAAUAUGGGAGCUGCCACUGCUGAUUUAUGUUCGAGGGUACAUUUCCAGAUAUCUGGGAAUUACUCGACCUCUGACCUAUCCUGUAAGACAGAAUGGGAAAUGCAUGGCCAAAAUGAUCCUGUGUGUUUGGCUCCUAUCUGCAUCGAUCACAUUACCUCCUCUGUUUGGAUGGGCGCAGAAUGUCAACGAUGACAACGUCUGUUUAAUCAGUCAAGAUUUUGGCUACACUAUUUAUUCUACAGCUGUUGCCUUUUACAUUCCCAUGUCGGUGAUGCUAUUUAUGUACUAUAGAAUAUUCAAAGCCGCUAAAAGGAGCGCAGCCAAACACAAGUUUACGGGGUUCCCGCGAUCAGAGGAAAGCGAGGGGAUUGAUCACUGCGAACGGUGUUGUGAAAAUGUACAAAGAAUCUGAAGAAUGUGCCAAUCUAUCAAGACUCUUGAAAAAUGACAGAAAAAACAUUUCAAUUUUUAAAAGAGAACAAAAAGCUGCUACCACUCUCGGGAUUAUUGUCGGGGCUUUCACUGUAUGCUGGCUACCUUUUUUUAUAUUAUCAACGGCCAGACCUUUUAUCUGUGGGACAGAAUGCAGCUGUAUUCCAUUGUGGAUGGAGAGAACAUUUUUAUGGUUGGGAUAUGCGAACUCUCUGAUAAACCCUUUUAUUUAUGCCUUUUUUAACAGAGACUUGAGGACAACAUAUCGCAAUCUGUUACAAUGCAGGUACAGAAAUAUCAACCGGAAGCUGUCAGCUGCAGGGAUGCAUGAGGCUUUGAAGCUUGCAGAGAGGCCUGACCAUACCCUGUAAGA